AUGCCUUAUGGUGAAAUUGAAGCUGAAUUCUGGGGACCUGGAGAAGUACUAACAAGUGAACCAUGCUAUAAAAAAUAUAAGUCAACUGCAGAGGCAAAUGUUUUCCCCCAUCAUGGUAGUGCUGAUUUUCACAGAAUCCAAGAGAAAACUGGAAAUGAUUGGGUCCCUGUCACCAUCAGUGAUGUCAGAGGACAUAGUUAUCCUCAGGAGGACAAAACCAAAACUACAGAUGUGCUGAAACCUUCACAUGAUGAGAUGCCUGGUAAUAGACCAGGUGUUGUUGAUUCACAAGUUUUACAAGAUGCAAGUCCUCCUUUAGUAUCCACAGAUGAUGAGAUAUAUAGCACAAGUAAAGCAUUUAUAGGACCCAUUUAUAAACCCCCUGAAAAAAAGAAAUGUAAUAAAAAGAAGAAUGAGGCAGACACUCUCAAUGGUAUAAGUGGCAAAGGAAGGCGAGAAGAGAAACAGAAAUUAAAUUCCAAAAAAUCAAAGAUAGACAAUGAAUUAUUCCAAUUUUACAAAGAAAUUGAAGAGCUCGAAAAUGAAAAAGAUGAUUUAGAAGGCAGUUGUAAGGAACCCAAACCUUCCCAGGAACAACUUACUCUACAUUAUCAAGGCCAUAAUAAUGAUCUCUUAAAAUCUGAUGAAAAAAAGAAAGAUCUUAGUAAUGCUCUUCAGUCACAUUGUGGUUAUCAACAGUACAUGGGGAAUGAGCCAGGCAAAUAUCCCUGUAAUGGACAAGUAAUACCUACAUUUUGUGACAUUUCAUUUACUUCCCUCAGGCCUGAAUGGCAAUCAGUGCAUCCUUUUAUAGUACCCCAUGGGCCACCUUUCCCCAGACUUAACCAUCAUUUAAAUAUUCAAAGAUUGAGUGCUCCACCAAAUCCAUUGUCAAAUAUUUUCAAUGCCCGAGAUGAUUCUCAGAUGCGGAAUGGAUAUUAUGUAAAAAGUUGUCCCGUUAACUGGAGUUGUCUGACUUUUGAUCAUAACAAUGAAUAUACUGACCGUAGUGAGAAUAGUAAUAGUGUUGAUCCCUCUAGAAAUGGCUAUAGGGUUCAAGAUGGGUAUGUGAAUAAUAGUUUCUGUGAAAUCAGAGAAGGAUGCUGGAAAGAUCCUCCUGUGGACAAGCAGAAUGGCACAGACAUGUUUGUGAAUGAGCAGUUUCAAGAAGAAAAGUUAAAUAAAUUGCAGAAGUUACUUAUUCUUUUAAGAGGUCUGCCUGGUUCUGGGAAAACAACGUUGUCUCGGUAA